AUCAGCUUUAUUUUAACUCUGAAACGCACGUGAGGCUGACUCUGAUGUAAGCUAAUGUUAGCUGACAGGUAAAGGUAGUGAGAAGUUAGCUGUGCUUUGACAACUUUAAGGAACACAUUGAGGGUUUUCUGCAGCAGCUGCGGCAGAUCGCAGGCAGGAUGUCAUCCGGACCUCGAGGAGCAGGACUGGGUCUGAAACUGCUGAUCGGUGCUGGAGCUGUGGCCUACGGACUGAAGGAGGCGACAUACACAGUUGAAGGAGGACAGAGAGCGAUCGUCUUCAACAGGAUCGGAGGGAUGCAGAUGGACACGGUCCUUUCUGAGGGACUCCACUUCAGGAUGCCCUGGUUCCAGUAUCCCAUCAUCUACGACAUCCGAGCCAGACCGAGAAAGAUCUCCUCUCUCACCGGAAGCAAAGAUCUUCAGAUGGUGAACAUCGCUCUGAGGGUUCUGUCCCGGCCGCUGGCGUCCAACCUGCCCCACCUCUACCAGCACCUGGGUCAGGACUACGACGAGCGCGUGCUGCCGUCCAUCGUCAACGAGGUGCUGAAGAGCGUGGUGGCCAAGUUCAACGCCUCACAGCUCAUCACGCAGAGAGCUCAGGUAUCCCUGCUGAUCCGCAGAGAGCUGUUCGAGCGAGCCAAAGACUUCAACAUCAUUCUGGACGACGUGGCCAUCACCGAGCUGAGCUUCAGCCGGGAGUACACCGCCGCCGUCGAGGCCAAACAAGUCGCCCAGCAGGAGGCGCAGCGAGCUCAGUUUUACGUUGAGAAGGCCAAACAGGACCAGAGACAGAAGAUCAUCCAGGCUGAGGGAGAGGCUGAGGCUGCAAAGAUGCUGGGUGAGGCCGUGACGAAGAACCCCGGCUACCUGAAACUCAGGAAGAUCAGGGCGGCACAGACCAUCGCCAAGACGGUGGCGCAGUCCCAAAACAAAGUGUACCUGAAUGCCGACAGCCUGGUGCUCAACCUGCAGGACAGAGACAGCUUCAAUUUGUCGUUGAAGUAAGAAGACGUCUCUGUCGGUUUGUCGUCAUUCCCGCCCCGCUCCGUUUCUACAGAAGGAAACCGUCUGUAACUCUCUCACCUUUCCUCGACCCUCCGUCAGGUUUUCUUUCAGGCUGUGAGUCUGCCUCGUUUACCGACCACGAACAGAGACUCAGACCUGCAGAUUCUUACAGCCAGCAGCUGUUUGACUGGACAUUCCCACAGCUGAGGAGUGCUGUGUAGCACACGGGACCUUGACUCACCUUUUCACCAACUUUUUAAAGCCUUUGUUUCAGUCCAUGAAGGCUUCCUGCUGCUCCGUCUGUCCAGCUUGAUGGACACAUGAGCUGUUAAAUAACAUGUUCUGUUGGGUUGUGCUGCAGCUCGUUACGCUAAUUAUGUCAAAUUCAGACAUUUAGGAGACUUAAAAUGAAGAGUGUCAGAAAUAAAGCAGACGUUAUCUGACUUCUACCAACACUAGAGAGAUCUUUUAAAGUCUCAGUCCCUGAUAAAUGCUGAAGACAUUAAAUAUUAACAUUAAUGGGUGUGUUCAGGCCGCACUGUGAGAAACAUGGAGCUGAAGUCGUCGUAUUAUAAAGAAAACAGUGUGAAAUGUUGUGAAAGUGUUUACCGCUAUUGUUCUUGUUGGUUCUUUAACAUUAAGUUUAACUUUAUUCAUAAAAUAGUACGACUUCUUUUAGUUAAAUCUCACACAGGCUGUACCAAUAUGAUUAUUUACAUCACAAA